AUGCGUGAAAUAACCACCUUAUGUGAUGUGGGUGGCUUCACCAUUGUCUAUGACCCGGCCACUGGUGAGCCUAGUACAUGGCCUGAGCCCCCAUUACUCCAACAACUAAUUGCAAGGUACCAAAGCAUACCAUUUCCCGCGCGGUUGGCGAAGAUGACGGACCAGGAAACUUACCUCAAGGAGAAGGUAACCAAACUUAAAGAUCGAAUCAACAGGAUUCAAAGAGAGAACUUUGAUGUGGAGGUGAAUGAUAUCAUGCACCAGAUCACUCAAAAUGGUAAGCCAUUUCAUACAUUUGAAGAUAGAGAGCUAACCAAUUUGCUUUUGUUUACGGAGGAGAAGAUGAAAGAGAUUCAGAAACGGAUCAAAACUAUGGAGCCAGAAGUUAACGUUCCACCAUCUGAUGGUGGAGGAGAAUUUAACAUGAGAGUUCCAGAGCAUGGAGAGGACCGUCGAGAGUAUCUCUUUAAGUAUUUGGAAUGGGCAAAAAGGAAGCUAGCAAUGGAGAAGGCUGCUGGAGCUGUACAAAGCAGUUUCCAUAACUGUUCGGAAGUGGCAACGGUGGAGAUGAUGUUGGGAUUUCGUAAUCCUUGA